GUGUAAAAUCAUCACUAAUGUCUAUGGACAGCAGUCACAGCAGUCUACAGCAAGGCGAUGUUGUGAGAAGAUCUGACCUGAUCUCAAAGUCAAAAAGUCCACCCAGACUCAACGAGCCAUCCCAGCCCGCUCACGUCCCAAGGGGUUCGUCCUCAUCAUUGACUGUGUCCAAUGCUCCCCAUACCAUCACAGCACCUCCAUCGGGCUUGAUGAGAGUCAACGCAUUUGAAGAGUGUGCAAGGACACUUCAAGACCAGCCCCCAGUGGAUGAGUUCUUCCCUCGGGUUGAAACACAGAUGCUUCCUGGUGAACAUACUGUCGACAUGCUGGACUACAUUCAACUCGGCUGUAGCGGCAACAGCGAUAGCUUCUCCUACCCUGAUCCUCAUUACAUGAUAGGAGGCACCAUCGUCCCUGUAUCAUCUCUCAUCUACCCCCCUCAUCUAGACCCUACUCUACCAUUCCAGGAGGCUGAGAGACACACCAUGCAAUCAAGGAAACGCAGCAGUCAACAUGGGAUGAUUACAUUGCAGAAAGGGAAAUAUGAGCCAUAUGUCAGUGGUUCUGAAGACGAUUCUCCCACCUACUCACUUCCGUUGCCCCUUCCUCUGGUUCUGCCCCCAAGCACAAGCUCCCCGAGCCCACCCCGACAAAUGUUCAGACAGAGAAUGUACUAGUUAG